CAGGGCCGCUCACGAGGUUCCUCCUUUCUCAGCCAGCACCGUCGUUGCGGGUGAGUGUGUGGCGUGGAUGGACUGGUGAAAUUUGUCAAAAUUCACUCAAGUCAGCCAAUUUGGAGUUCCAGUAGAACGCCAUCAACAUGCCGGCUUAUUUUCAAAGGCCAGAAAAUGCUCUCAAACGAGCGAACGAGUUCCUUGAGGUUGGCAAGAAGCAGCCAGCCUUGGAUGUUUUGUACGAUGUCAUCAAGAGCAAGAAACAUCGAACAUGGCAGAAGAUCCACGAGCCCAUCAUGCUCAAGUACCUGGAGCUCUGCGUGGAUCUCCGCAAGAGCCACCUGGCCAAGGAGGGUCUCUACCAGUACAAGAACAUCUGCCAGCAGGUGAACAUCAAAUCUCUGGAGGAUGUGGUUAGGGCUUACCUGAAGCUGGCGGAGGAGAAGACUGAGACUGCCAAGGAGGAGUCCCAGCAGAUGGUCCUGGACAUCGAGGAUCUGGACAACAUCCAGACUCCUGAAAGCGUGCUCCUGAGCGCUGUGAGUGGAGAGGACACUCAGGAUCGUACUGAUCGCCUGCUGCUCACUCCCUGGGUCAAGUUCUUGUGGGAGUCGUACCGUCAGUGCCUGGACCUGCUGCGAAACAACUCCAAGGUGGAGCGCCUGUACCAUGACAUUGCCCAGCAAGCAUUCAAGUUCUGCCUUCAGUACACCCGUAAAGCAGAAUUCCGCAAACUGUGUGACAAUCUGCGUAUGCAUCUGGGUCAGAUCCAGCGCCACCACAACCAGAGCACUGCCAUCAAUCUGAACAACCCUGAGAGCCAGUCUAUGCACCUGGAGACACGUCUCGUGCAGCUGGACAGCGCCAUAAGCAUGGAGCUCUGGCAGGAAGCAUUCAAGGCUGUUGAAGACAUCCAUGGACUGUUUGCUCUUUCCAAGAAGCCUCCUAAACCCCAGCUGAUGGCCAACUAUUACAACAAGGUGUCUACUGUGUUCUGGAAAUCUGGAAAUGCUCUAUUCCACGCCUGCACCCUCCACCGGCUCUAUCAUCUCUCAAGGGAGAUGCGAAAGAAUCUGACCCAAGAUGAGAUGCAGAGGAUGUCCACCAGAGUCCUCCUGGCAACACUGUCCAUUCCCAUCACCCCCGAGCGCACUGACAUCGCUCGGCUGCUGGACAUGGAUGGCAUCAUUGUGGAAAAGCACCGCAGGCUGGCCACCCUCCUGGGCCUGCAGUCUCCACCAACCCGCCAGAGUCUCAUCAAUGACAUGGUGAGAUUCAAUCUGCUGCAGUAUGUUGUUCCUGAUAUCAAAGAACUGUACAACUGGCUUGAGGUAGACUUUCAUCCUCUGAAGCUGAGUGGAAGAGUGACCAAGGUGUUGAACUGGGUGAGAGACCAGGCUGAGAAGGAGGCUGAUCUGCAGCAGUAUGUCCCUCAUCUGCAGAGUAAUACCAUCCUGAGACUCCUGCAACAGGUUGCGCAGAUCUAUCAAAGCAUCGAGUUCACUCGUCUAGCCUCCCUUGUUCCAUUUGUGGAUGCCUUCCAGCUGGAGCGCUCCAUUGUGGAUGCUGCCCGGCACUGUGAUCUGCAGGUCCGUAUAGAUCACACCUCUCGCACUCUGAGCUUUGGCUCUGACCUGAACUACUCGACCAAAGAGGACGCCCCUGUUGGUCCUUUCCUUCAGAACAUGCCCUCAGAGCAGAUAAGGAACCAGCUGACUGCAAUGUCUGCUUCUUUGGCCAAAGCCAUCUACAUCAUCAAGCCUGCUUCCAUCCUGCAAGAGCGCGAGGAGCAAAACCAACAGGCCAUCGCUGCCUAUCUCAAAAAUGCCCGCAAAGAUCACCAGCGCAUCCUGGCUCGUAGACAAACCAUUGAGGAGCGCAAGGAGCGCCUGGAGAGCCUCAACAUUCAGCGUGAGAAGGAGGAGCUGGAGCAGCGUGAAGCUGAGAUGCAGAAGGUCCGCAAGGCUGAAGAGGAGCGUCUGCGCCAGGAGGCCAAAGAGCGAGAGAAGGAGCGCAUCAUGCAGGAGCAUGAGCAGAUCAAGAAGAAGACAGUCCGUGAACGACUGGAGCAGAUCAAGAAGACUGAACUGGGAGCUAAGGCCUUCAAGGAUAUUGAUAUUGAGGACCUUGAGGAGCUGGAUCCUGACUUCAUCAUGGCCAAACAGGUGGAGCAGCUGGAGAAGGAGAAGAAGGAACUUCAGGAGCGUCUGAAGAACCAGGAGAAGAAGAUCGACUACUUUGAGAGGGCAAAACGUCUCGAAGAGAUUCCUCUUAUCAAGAAGGCGUAUGAGGAGCAGCGUAUCAAGGACAUGGAGCUGUGGGAACUCCAAGAGGAGGAGAGGAUCAGUAACAUGAAAGUGGAACGGGAGAAGGCUCUGGAGCACAAGAAGCGCAUGUCCAGGAUGAUGGAGGACAAAGAAAACUUCUUGUCCAAAAUUACUGCUGCCCGUAGCUUCAUUUAUGAGGAAAAACUGAAAACUUUCGAGGAGCGCUUGGUUGUGGAGAGGAAGAAGCGCCUGGAAGAAAGGAAGAAGCAGCGCAAAGAGGACCGGCGUAACACUUACUACCGUCAGAAAGAGGAAGAGGCUCAGCGUAUCCACGAGGAGCAGCUAAAGAAAGAGCGUGAGGAGCGUGAACGCCUGGAACAAGAGCAGCGAGAGGAGGAGGAGAGGGAGUACCAGGAGCGUCUGCGCAAGCUCGAGGAGCAGGAACGAAAGCAGCGUGCUCGCCAGCAGGAGAUCGAAGAGCGAGAACGUCGUCGUGAGGAGGAGAGAAGGGGCCCUCCAGAGGAGAAAGCCAAAGAUUGGGGUGAGAAGGAGGAGGGAGGAUGGAGGAAGCGCACAGAGGAAGGGGGAUCGGAUUGGCGUCGUUCCAUGCCUGAAAAGGAUUGGAGGCAGGAGGGCCGUGAGGAUGGAGAGGAGAAAGAGCCACCCUUCCGGCGGGGCGACGGUCUUCGCAGGGGUGGAGAUGACAGAGGACCCCGGCGAGGCUUUGAAGAUGACAGAGGUUCACGUCGUGGUGCUGAUGAUGACCGUCCUCCACGCAGAAUGGACGAUGACCGUCCUAUACGUAGAGGCUUCGAUGAUGACCGCGGCCCAAGGCGUGGCUUUGAUGAUGACCGUGGUCCAAGACGUGGCUUUGAUGAUGACAGAGGUCCACGCAGAAACCUGGAAGACUUGAGGGGUCCAAGGCGUGUGGCUGAUGAUGAUUGGGGCUCCAGAAGAGGAGAUGAUGACAGAGGUGGAAGGAGAGGCAUGGAUGACGACAGGCCACGUCGUGGUGGUGAUGAUGCCAAACCCUGGAAGCCUCUGGGCAGACCCGGUGGUUGGCGUGAGCGGGAGAAGGCCAGAGAGGAAAGCUGGGGUCCUCCCCGUGGCGGUGGCUCAGAAGACGGUGAUGAGGGUGAAGGAGAGGAAAGAUCUGGGGGCAGCUUCAGAGACCGUCGUCCACCGAGAGAGGAGUCUAGCUGGAGGAGAGGAGGCACAGAGGAGUCAAGCUCCUGGAGGGACUCUCGCAGAGAAGACACUAGUGACCGUGGUGAACGCCGUGAUAGAGACCGCAGGGAUGACCGUGAACUCAGAGCUCCGAGAGAUCAAGAUGAAGGAGGUUCUUGGCGUCGUGGAGGCGAUGAGAAGAGGAUGGAGCGGGAAAGGGAGCCACCCAGAGAGAGGGAAAGGGAGCGCGAGCGUGAUGCUGACGGAGAAAAGGGUUGGCGUGGUGACAAAGAUGCCGCUCGUCGCACCAAGAACGAGACAGAUGAUGAUGGCUGGACCACUGUCCGCCGCUGAGCAGCAACCGCUACAUCCAAUUGGCCCGGUUAAUGAUUAAUUGGUUUUGGAAAAAAUAAUAAUAUUCAAUAUCCCAUCAGCCAGUUAGCCAGUGUUUCAUUAAUGGCUCCAAGUUCCUGAUACUCAUGUGCAUUGUUCUUUUUUUGAAUGAGACAGUAGAUUUCCUGGGGAUUUUGUGUCCCGUUAUCUUUAUCUUGACUUUCUACAGUUUUGAACCCGAGGCUUCUCACAAACUGAAACAUCAUAAACCGAUUCACUUUAGUCACUUUGGCCUCAUGCAAACCAUCAGUGUAGACAUGACUUCCCCCAGUGGUUAGGAGUGUUAUUACAUUACACUGUGUGACGUGAAACUGAUUAAACUGAAAACAAACACACCCGCUCCAACUUUCAAUGCAAUCUCAGCGUAUCACCAACUGCCUCUUUUUAAAUUAAUAACCUUUGCAUAGAUGUUAUAUUACAGCACUGAUCCACAACUCUUGUAUUGGCAAUGACCAGGAAUAUGUCAUCUGCUUCAGUGAUCUCUGCUCCUCAUCUUGUGUUUCAGAUGCUUCUUAACCUGAUAUCGAACAAGUGGAAAUAACAUUUUGAUGUGCAUGCUUAGAGUAUUCAAUUGGCCUUUAUUGAUAUUCUGUAUGUGGUUCUAUCUCGCUGCAGUCAACGGUAUCCAACCUGGUUGCAUGUGUACAGAUAAAGCCUUUAUUAAUAAAGAUGAUUGCUCACCACCUA